AGUUUGAAGAUUGCAGUUUGAUGUUUGAAGAUUGGGGUCUGGAGUUUAAAGUUUGUAGUUGGGAGUGUUUUAGUUUUGGAAUUUUAACGUUUGCUGUUUAAAGUUUAAAAUUUGAGGUUUGCCAUUUGAAGCUUGCUGUUUGAAUUUUUGAGUUUAAAGUUUAAAAUACGAGGUUUUAAGUUUUGUAUUUGGAGUGUGGAGGUUGGAGGUGUAGUUGGGAGGGCGGACAGAAGCCUUGGGCUGUUCUUCCUGAACUUCCUGGAAGAGUCACGUCUCCAGGACCUACAGAAGGUAGUUCUCGGUCUCCGGUGCGGUCGCUCGUGCUGCUCUGAAAAAUGUUCAAGACCAUGUUCGACCUGCUGGAAGGAGCUCUGGAGGACCUGGGCGCGGAGAAGUUUAAGAAGUUCAUCAGUAAGAUGACGGACCCUGGGCUCGAGACGCGCGUGGCGAAGGGCGCCGUGGAGGGGAAGGACUUCGGGGACAUCGCGAACCUCCUGAUAGAGCACUUCACCGAGAGUCGCGCGCUGGAGAUCACCCUGCAGAUACUGAGGAACAUCAAAGCGAAUCAGACCGCGGAGAAUCUAGAAAAAGAAGCUGCAGCUAAUGGAUUCUCGCCGUCUGCUGGAGCAGGUGGAUCAGCCGGCACAGCGACUCCAAAUCCAAAUCCAAAUCCAGGUGGAUCAGCCGGUACAGCGACUCCAAAUCCAAAUCCAAAUCCAGGUGGAUCAUCCAGUGCGGUGACUCCAACUAAUGAUGUUUCAGAUAAAGCCACCUUCAUCGAUGAUAAGUUUGUGGAGCUAGUGGAGAAAGCAACAUCGAUGAAUGCGGUCCUGGACAUACUCUUGAGCAAGAAGGUCAUCAACGAUGAGCAGUACAACGAUAUUGGCUCUGAGCGAACGGACCAGCAGAAGAUGCGACGUUUGAUUCGUGAAGCAUUGAAAGCGAGUGGUGCCUCAGGGAAGGCCGUUCUGUACGACGCCCUAAUGGUUAAGCAGCCCUACAUGAUGAAGGAUCUGGGGGCUCCCUAAAACCACUAAAUGCAUGUGCAGUACUGGAGCUGGACAACUGGGUUAUGGUAACAAUACAGGUGCAUUAAAGGGUCUUGACUUGGGCAUUUACCUUUUUCCCAAUCAAUUUAAAUCUGUAAAGUAGCAGCUUACACUAGAUUUUUGAUGAGCUUCUGAACUUUAGUUGGCCAACAGUCGUCUCGUUGUUGGCUCCCUCCAUGAAAGGUUGUAGGUUCAAACCUCAGUGAUGCAACUACUGUUCGUAACCAUUCAUAGCAGUUAGCGUUCUCUUCCAAGCAUGUUAAUCUCUUCUUUAUCACACAAAUUCACGACCUUAACCCCUUAAUCUCUUAACAAGCAAGCGAUUAGACCACUGUGCCACUCAAAAAGUGUGGAAUUACUUCCAUUUCUUUGUGGGCAUGGUUUCAUAGUGAUACAACACCAUAGUGAUACUACUUUCAUUGGCAUCAGAAGGUCAUGAGCUUAAUUCUCUAAAAAAUGUUGCAUCCCCUCUAUGGUUUCCUGAGCAUCAGAAGGAUAAGGGCUCUAUUUUACCAAACUAUAGGUGAGCCAUCAACCGUGCACCAUGCACCAUGCAGCUUGAUUUAGGACAUGUCGUUGUAUCUUUGCUGUCGUAACAACGAGAAAAGUACACCUUGCCUGGGUCGAAACACAGCACAAAAGGCAUUUACUAAUACUCUUAAUUAAUCAUGGCUGUGUUAUUUGGGCAUUACAAGCAUUAAACCAGUGAAUGUCGGACUGCUGACGUCUGUCUAGGUUCUAAUCAGUCAGUGGUGCUCCUUUGUUUCUGUUGUCAAGAUAGCAAUACGCCAUACGUUUACCUGAACUUACCUCAUUUCCAGACCACCACGCCCAUCAGCAUAGAUAUAUUCACAAGCACCGUUGCUACUUAAAUGACAAAAGCGAAAGUAGUUAAGGUGUAAGAUAGCGAUGAGCAUCACAAUAUGUAUAUUAAAGAGCCAUCCACUGAAAGGUUCUUCAGAGCAGUGAUUCUAAACCCAGGACUGAAAUUAUCUUCCACCCAACUAGUAAAACUGUAGACCUCUGGUACCUAAGAAAUGGUUUGAGAACCAAAACUUUUCUUCGUAAUUCCUUUAUUUUUACAUUUCCAGUUUUCAUAGAUAAAUUUUUCAUUCCAAAGUCUCUCUAAUGUUUUUUUAAUGGUUGAAUCGUUUACAGAUGACUCUCCAGUGUUUUUUACCCUCCAUUUACACCGUUUACACUAGCAGACGACUACUAUCUUUCUUUCGCACCAAGUUUGUCUCUUGUGGUUGUAGUUGAAGCUUUUCGCAUUCUCACAUGUAGGUAGGUAGUUUCUAUCUCUUGCCGUUUGUUGCUAAAUCGUGGCUACAAAUCGAGUGACUGGUUAUGUGUCACUUUCUUAGCCUUUUUCAAUCAAUGUGGAACUGACUCUGGUUCUGGUUUGUUGGGUAAAUUUGGUUCUGGAACCCAAGUUCAUUUCCAGCUGGAACCAAAGAAAUGUAGGGUAGUUUAGCCGUAGUAUAGCCGUUGUACGACUCCCUCUAUUGAUGACAUGUUCUGUGACGUAGCCUUGGUUACACUAAAAUUGGUGCAAACUUGAGCUGAAUCACUGAAAAGCAAUGACAAGACAGAACGAAGUAGAAAAGGACUAUCAGUCACCUGCAGUUUGUCAAUAAAUCACGUCUACAAAUCAUCUACUCUCAUAGGAAAUUACUGGUCACCUUUCAAUCUCUUAGCCCUUUUCCUCCAAUGUUAAACAGCCUCCGUUCUGGUUUUCGCACCUAAUUUCAAACCAUUUGGCGCAUUUCCAUCGAAAAUGUGCCUACUUUGGCUUAAUCGCAGAAAAGCUCUUAUAAGACUGAACAGAACCUGUUCCAGAACCAGAGAUCAUUGGGUAGAAAAGGGCUAUCAGUCGCUUGCUGUUUGUUGAUAAAUCGCAUCUACAAACCGUAUAUUCUCAUAGGAAAUGACAUAUCACCUUUCAUUCUCUUAGACCUUUUCCACCAAUGUGGAGCAGACUCUGGUCUGGUUUCGCACCAACUUUUGAACCGUUGGGCGCAUUUCCACCCAAAACAAAAAUUGUUUUGUGUCUUGAAAGGUUUGUUCCCAGCUGUAACCAAAGAAUAGUAAGUUUUAAGUGCAAACUGCGAGCCAUUGUGCAACUCCCUCGUGUUUUAAUGAUGUGUUUUGUGACGUAGCCUUGGUUCCACUACAACUGUUGCAAACGUGAGCUGAAUCGCUGAAAAGCACUGAAAAGACUGAACGAUAUAGAAAAGGGCUAUCAGUCUCUUGCCAUGUAUCGCUAAAUUGUGGCUACAGAUCUUGUACUGUGAUAAAGAAAUGACUGGUCACCUUUCAAUCUCUUAGCCCUUUUCCACCAAUGUGAAACAGGUUCCAUUAGGGUUUUUGCACCUAAUUUUGAACCGUUUGGCGCAUUUCCACCAAAAAAAACCCUGCAAACUUUGGCUGAAUCGCAGAAAAGCAGUUCUUUUAAGACUGAACAGAACCAGUUCCAGAACCAGAGGUCAUUGGGUAGAAAAGAGUAAUCAGUCGACUGAAAGAAACCGACGUUCUUAUAAGACUGAAAGAAACCGACGUUCUCAUAAGACUGAAAGAAACCGACGUUCUCAUAAGACUGAAAGAAACCGACGUUCUCAUAAGACUGAAAGAAACCGACGUUCUUAUAAGACUGAAAGAAACCGACGUUCUCAUAAGACUGAAAGAAACCGACGUUCUCAUAAGACUGAAAGAAACCGACGUUCUUAUAAGACUGAAAGAAACCGACGUUCUCAUAAGACUGAAAGAAACCGACGUUCUUAUAAGACUGAAACAAAUCUGUUCUCGGGUCAAAAAGAAUUAUUUUGGGUUGAUCAGUUGCUUGCCAUUUAUCGCUAAAUCACGACUAAAUCAAAUUUUAUACCCUUAAAGGAAAAUACUAGUCGCCUGUCGCUUUAUUGCCGCCAUGACGCCUGCUGCUAAAUCAUGACUACAAUAAUCGUAUACUGUAAUAGGACAUGAUCACCUGUCGCUCUGACUGAUUUAGGAGUUGAUUAAUUAGGAUAUGAAUUAUCGAGCAUAAUGCAAGUACUGGUAGUUUUUGCUAAAGGGCUCCCCCUACAGGCAUGGAGAGUAGUUCACUUUUACACCACUACUGUAAAUACAAAUCUUAUUUUGAGCACCAAAGUAGCAGCGAUGUGAAAAAACAAGCGUAGAAGAGUCAAAAAGUUAUUUUUGUUUUACUUUCAUGUUAAACAAUGUAAAACUCUUAAAAAUAUCUUACAGAUUUGUUUUUAGAUCAAAUAGGAGAAAUAUGGGACCAAUUGUUUACUUUAAAAAUGUGUUUUUUAGAUGCUUCUUAUGAAAUCACUGUGAAAUAUACAUAUACAUUUUAAAUAGGGGUUCUGCAAGGGUUCCUUUAGUAAAGAAUAUAUUUUAUUUUCAAAGAACUUUUGAAUAAAAAGACUUUUGUAUGUGUAUUUGGUUGUUUACAUGACCUUUUAUAUGUUUUAUAUACCAACAGAAAUGUAUUUUUAGAAGGAUUUGUUUUUGAACAACAAGCAUGAGGAACAUCUUUUCAGAAACCUUUGUAUGUGUUGAUGUUUUUAGUGAUUGAUUUUUUAAGGGAUAAUUCCAGAGAAACACUUUUUUAAAACAUUUUAUAUUUGUAUGUUUUAAUGAUUAUCUUUAAAAAAAUCAACAAAAAUAUGUAUUUUAUCAUCAAAAACCUUUUUUUCAGGAACAUUUUGUAUUUUUAAGUGACGUGUAUAAGGGAUAUAUAUUGGGGAUUGUUUAAAGCAGUAUCAGGUUCUGUUAUUAUGGGAUGUGGGAGGGGUUCUGAACAGGUCCAGCUCCAGUAGGCCAAACACCAGCAUUCAGUGAAAAUGGAAAAAUGCCAGUAAUAAUAAAUGAGUUAGUGUUCAUGUAGUUUACAGUGUAACAGUUUACUAUCAUCUGUUUACAAUAAAUGUUCUGUUUAAAACUGAA